AUGUCCUCUGAGCAGUCACAAACGGGUGCAUUGGGCGAAGGCUCACCGCCGUCGUACGCAGCAGCCAUUCCUUCACCAGACUACUCCCAAGCACCUCUUCCCUCUGAACACGUCGUCGAGUCGUCUUUCAAUCCUCCGCCUUACUUGCAUCGAGUCACGACGUCGUCUACCCAUCGCUCCUCGCUGUCCUCGACGACGAGCUGGCACCCCGAUUCCCUAUACGAGCAGCUCAUCUCUCCCUCUGCUUCAUACUCUGGAAGCAGCAGUACCAAUGUGCGACCUCUCACUGCUGGUUCUUCUUCCACGGGCUCGACCAGCACUGGAGGGAGGCCGCCUUCCUGCCUGCUCUCCCUCGCCGAGCCCUUUUCCGCCGGGCAGGAGGAGCAGCGUUUCGUGUACCGUUCCGGCUCCAUAGAACUAGACCUAGGCCCACGACCGUUGCCAGACCAGGCCAAUCCUACUCCGAGUGCUAUCCCUAGCUUCGGUUUGGGUGCCACGAUCCGCGGGCAAGUGAGGCUCAAGAAGCUCAACCAUGUCCAGGGGUUGGAAGGCCGCUUGCAAAAUACGAUCAUGCAAGGGGGUCUCGCAUCAGGUCACAGUGCCGCCAAGAUCAUUGACCUGUCCAAGGUGAUCUAUACCGCCGAGAAUGCUUCAGAUGGUGACAAAGUGAAAAAUAGAGGUGGCGCGGCCUUUCCAUUUGAGCUCACAUUCCCAGAGUUUGCGUCCAAUGGCGUCGAUCUCCUUCCACCAACGUUUCGGGGUGUACACCCAGCCGUAGAGGGAUGGAUCAAGUAUACAGUAAAGGUGCAAGUCGUCAAAUCGGGUUUCUGGCCUCGAGAGACACUCUCUGCUGUGGUCCACUACUUGCCCAAGUUUUACCUGCGGUCAGAAGAAUCAUUGCUCUGGCCAGCCAUCUCGCUCAUGGACGCCAAGCGAUUCGGGCUUGCCUGCAACGCAAAUUGGCGCACGACAACGGCCAAACUGCUCUAUGACCCCUUCACCUCAAAAGGCCUUUCGAAUUCUUCUUCACCUGAGCUCAGCUUGUCGCUUACCCGCACCGCUCAAGCCGUCUCAAACUACUGCUUUCCAUUCAAUGUUACGAUCCGCCUCCCCUCAUACAGUUCAUCCGAGCUCGACGCUUUCGUGAAUGACCCCAAGCGACUUAGUAUUCAACUUCUCCGUGCAACAACGAUGACCGUGAACGGCCAGAAGAGUAGCCAGAUCACUUCGCUGGGGAGAGCGCGUUAUCAGCAAGUUGAGAAGGAGCUCGUCCGGGGUUGUGACGAGCGCAUCAUUCGCGGCGGCUUCAAAGUGGGGACGCCCGAAGGUGAAGCGAGUUGGCGGUUUGGUGACCUGGUUGAGAAUAAGUAUUUUGUCCGUAUCACAGUUUCAUUAGAGGACAAGCAACCACCCAUUUUCAAGCAUGACGAACCCAUCGAAAUGUUUACACACUCGCGGGAGCAGUUUGAGGAUCCUGACAAGGUGGAUCUCGAACUUGGAGUUCCCCCAACCUAUUGGAUGCCAAUGUCGAACAACGAGGGAUACCUGGCGAGUUUAGAAGCAAGAAAGAAGCAGCUUCUCUAUGAUCUGGGAGCCAAGUUUGACUAUUCUGGGAGGCUUGAUCACCUAGAUCCCACCAUCGUGCAACUUUACAAUGAAACCGUUGAAGAGAUCGAGAAAAUACGGACAAACAAUCGUCGAAUAACGAUAAAUGAUAUUCCUCUAGAGUUACUAUUGGAUAUCUUACUGCAAGCGUCGACGCAAGAGCGGGAGAUUUAUAUGAUUGAUCGAGUACUUGAGCUCACUCUCGUGUGUACGAAGUGGACAGACUUAGUUCUUAAUACUGCCAGAUUUUGGGUGAGGACAGAGCUUUUAGGCCUCGAGGACGCGGAAGCGAAGCUCGCUCUGUCACUUCAGCUCUCCCGAGACCUUCCGCUUACCUUGGUUUAUGGAUCUGACCUAGGAUUUGUCAGAGCACUCUCAUAUUUGUUAUCACCACAUGCUCAUCGGGUCGAAUCCAUUAUACGGGAGGGCAAUGGCGACCCACAAGAAGCUACUGAGGAAGAAAAACUGUUGGAACGCCUUGUCAUACCCGGAAAUCUGAUCGAAGUGAGCAACCGACCUCGCAGAAACGUUCCUGAAGAGAGCGAUCUGUGGAUAUCUCACAUAUUGGGACCAUCAAUCAAUCUUCUCAACCUAGGAGACAAGUUACGGCGUAUCAGCCUCGGGGUAUGGAGCGCACAGGCCCUCGUAGCAUUGAUUCCACUGAAGAAUCUCAUGUCCGUGUCAAUUUAUAUCGAAGGUACCCAACUUGCGCGUGAUGAGGAAGAACUCGCGAGGAAACUCGGCUCUAUAGACAGCCUUCCUUGGUUGGAGGUUGCCUUAUAUGGAUUGUCGCUGUCGCUUAUGACCCGCUUGUUUCAUCUUCUGAACGGCGCUCUUGUCAAGCUUUCAAUUCUUAUUUCUUCGAAGCACCUUGGACACGUAAUGAAGGCAAUGGAAAGAAUGGAAAGGCUCCGAGAAUUAGAUAUCGGGCUAUAUAACUACGAAACACACUCCGAAUCGAUAGCAAUCGUUGAUACUGAUUACAAGAGCUUGUCAUUAACCUCGCUAACUCUCAGCCUCUCUUGGGACCAUAUUGAAAUUUCGGACCUCAUCGCGUCUUUUUGUCGUCACAAUCCUCCCUUGAAGCGACUUGAGGUCCAUGGUCAGUCGGAAAUUCCGAGGUGGGAGUCUGACUUUCGGUCUCUCAAGCACCUUCGCCAUCUAGCACUUGUCGGCGCAGACUCACCAGUAACCGAGGUUCCGGACAUUGAAACAUUUACAAUUGGUGCACCAACAGGAAAGUUUCAAUAUUGGCAUUCGGCCAGUGUAUUGCACCUAAGAUGCACGAUCACGGUUCUUGAUGACCAGCCAUUCGCCCUCGACUCGUGCUCUUGGCCCAAGGUGGAGGCAUUGACCAUUGAAGAAAAAUAUUUCCAGCCAGAUGCACAACUCGAUGUUCGCCUGAACCUCGCAAAUCUCCGCCGGUGUACGCUACAUCUGGCGCAUGACUUUGGUAUCUGCCAUGCCUUGGCAAUGUACCCUCAAAACGUUCCGAGACUAGAGGAAAUCCACUUUAAAGAGCCACCCGAGUGGGAUAUUCUCUUCAUUUUGAUAGAACGGCGACUCGCUCUCAGCGUGGAAGGGAUAACACCAAUUUCCCUGCUGAGAUUUCGCUGCGCCCCACCGGAAGAAAUACGAGUCCCUCUCGUCAGCUUGCUCAGAGGUCGUAUCAUCCGAAGGCCGUCAAACUAUGAACUUUCGAUACAAGGAAACAUCCUGUUGGUUCUCGGGAGGCAUUUUGACCGUAUGCGAUUAUGCGGCUAUAUUGGCCGCUCUCUACGUGAGGAAACGGAUGACAAUACUGAGGAAGUAGACCUAUCCGGGUUGCCUCCAUAUCCGAGUACCGCCCAAGGUGUAUUGGAGACCUGGCAUGAACGCAAGGCUGGUCUUGAGAAUAUGAUGGCGCAGCAUUCGUAUAGUGGCGCGCUCUGCCGAACCCAGCUGGCCACGCUCACCAAAUACACGGAGAUACCCUCGGAGGACGAGGAAACUGAUCUGGUCCCUGGACAGACCACCUUUUAA